CGACGGGGACGGGCAUCAGGACACCAAGGACAACUGCGCCGAGAUCCCCAACAGCUCCCAGCUGGACUCGGACAACGACGGGCUGGGGGAUGACUGUGACAAUGACGACGACAACGAUGGCAUCCCUGAUUAUGUGGCGCCUGGCCCAGACAACUGCCGUCUCAUCCCCAACCCCAACCAGAAGGACUCGGACGGGAACGGUGUGGGCGACGUGUGCGAGGAGGACUUCGACAAUGACACGGUGGUGGACCAGCUGGAUGUGUGCCCCGAGAGCGCCGAGGUGACGCUGACCGACUUCCGUGCCUACCAGACCGUCAUCCUCGACCCCGAGGGGGAUGCCCAGAUCGAUCCCAACUGGGUUGUCCUCAACCAG